AUGGGUAUUCUCCAAGCUGUGGAUGCCAGAAUUACUAUCUGGCUACAUAAGCUCCUUUCUCAGGCUGCUAGAACUACUCUGGUCAAACACAUUGGUCAAGCCAUUCCUCUUUUUCAUAUGGGUGCUUUCUUAGUCCCAAAACAUCUCUGUAGACAGAUGGAUGCUCACCUUUGUAAAUUCUGGUGGGGAGAGACCCUAGACCCAAAAGAUAGGAAGCUCCAUCUUUUGGGUUGGGAUACUCUUUGCUCUCCUAAAUCUGAAGGUGGUUUGGGAUUUAGAAAGGCUGAAAUAAACAAUCUAGCUAUGUUAGCCAGGAAUGCCUGGAAAAUUAUUGAAAACCCUGAUUGCAUGUUAGCCAAGACUUUAAAAGCUAAAUACUUUCCUAGAACUGAUUUUCUAAAUGCUAGGUGUCCGGAUAAGUGUUCUUGGACAUGGAGAUGCUUACAUGCUAUAAAAGAGUUGAUAAAACCUUUUAUUUCCUGGACUGUUGGAGAUGGAAAGUUCAUUGAUCCUUGGUGUGAUAAAUGGAUUCCAUCUUUGGGUUCUGCAACCCCCAACCCUCUUGUCCCGCCUGAUCCCAGUAUCAAAGUUGACUACUUCAUUGAUGAGAACACUAGAACCUGGAAUGUGUCCAGACUUAACACCCACUUUGAUGAUGCCUCUGUUAAGAAGAUUAAAAAUUUCCAUCAUUGGCUUAUGCUUUGGCUUCUGGAUCAAAAUUCCAGACUGCCUGAUGACUCUCAAGGUCUUUUUUUUGCUAUCCUUUGGUCUCUUUGGACUAGUAGAAACAACUUGAUUUUUCAAAAUUUAUCUGAAAAUCAUAAUGUUGUUAUAGAAAGAGCCAGAGCCAUGUUACUCACCAGGAAAAUUAUCCCUAUUGUUACCACUACUACCCCUAUAGUUCUAAGUGACAAAUGGAUGCCCCCUUCGUUUGGUUGGAUAAAAUGUAACACAUAUCGAGCAUUUGAUGACAUUACUGGAGAAAAUGGUGCAGGUUAUGUGAUGAGAGAUUUCACUAGUAAAGCUUCUUUCUGUGCUGCUAUAGUGUUUGAAGUUUCAUCUGCAGAAGAAGCGGAAGCUAGAGCUAUCUGGGGAGUUCUAAAGAAAGCAGUGGAUAAGAAGGUGAUGCAUAUCAUCACAGAAAAAGAUGCAAAAAAACUGGUGGAACAAUUUUCUUUUGGACUUUUUGAUGGUGAUUCUAGUACGGAUGCCAUAUUCAAAGACAUUAAAUUGUAUUCUUCUAAGUUAUCAUCUUGUAUUUUUAGUUUUAAACCUAGAACUUGUAAUUCUGUUGCUCAUGAGCUAGCUCAAUGGGAAAAACAUAAGAAAUCCUCCAUGUCCUGGUCUGUGCCUCCUGCCUGGCUAGCACCAACAGUUGAGGGGACCAUUAGCCUUUUUGAAGGCCUUUGA